AUGAACGUUCGUGAAGAAGAUCGGCAGAAAAACAGCUGCCCAAGCCGUGGUCUCGGGCUCGCGGCUGCGGCUAUAGGCGUCGGCGUUGGGGCUGCUUUGUACUACUUCUUUAGCAAGAGGCCGGAGAAUCCUGAAGCAGGUGGAUCUACCACGCAGUGGUCUUGUGAACAACCACAUGCCUUUAACAUAUUGCAUGAUGACGAAGACAAUUCAUACAUCACAAUAUCGGAAAAUAGUACAACUGAUACCAGCAUGUACACAUCUGAGGAUUCUGACAAUGAAAUAAAUGGCACGUUUAAUAAAGAAUCUAGUUAUGAUGAAGAAUCUAGUUACGAUGAUGAAUCUAAUACAAUAUUUCCAUGGUGGCAUUGUCCAAAUUCUUCAAGUGUCACAAGCUCAGAUUCAGAAAAUUUAACUUAUUCUGUAGAUGAAACUAGCAAUGAUGAAAAUUUAACAUAUUCCAUGGAAGGAACAAGUAAUUAUAGCAAUCAGAGUGUUAAUUCAAUGGUAGACAGUCCCUUGGCGAGUGGAUAUCAGAAUUCGUCUUCAAUCAACAUAUUGCCUGCUGAUUAUGAUGUGACAAAUUCACCGACUGACCUUGAUACUCUUGACUACGAUGUGACAGACUCUUCAUUAGGUGUACCGGAUGGUGGGAUGUUGCCACAGUCUCCUCUUAGGAAUUUGUUUAACAGUUUAGGAUCUUACAUUAGUCCGAGGAGAAGUCAUCAUAUUAGAACCCGUGAGCGGUCGUGGUCACUGGAGGAGUGCUCCAUAUGUUUUGACGUGAUACUCAAGGACCAGCAGGUGACCACGUUGCCGUGCACCCACCACUUCCACUCGGAGUGCAUCACGCCCUGGCUGCAGGAGCAGCAGACAUGUCCCAACUGCCGAAAGGCUGCCGAAUGAUGUCGUUACAGAAUCUUAUCACACGUUGCCACUAGCCUUAGAGGAGGCUAGCAUGGCCCCGGCCGGCCCGGGUAUCAAAUACCGCUGGUGUUACAUCUGGAUCGACCAUUAGUCAACUUGCGGCUGUCUCCUAAACCCGCGAGUCGAUUACAACUAGUAUGUAGUUUACAAAGUUAGACGAGACAUUGAAUGAGUAUGAAAUUGCAGUUUUUAAAAGCACAAUAGAGAAUAGUCGUUUUAGCCAUUGUUCAUUUGCUUAAACUUUAAACACGAUAUAGUUUGAAAUUCAUAGAAAUAGUCGAGUUUUAUACUGAUAAAUUAAUAAAAUAAACUAAUUAAGUUGUAUUUAGACUAUGAGUGGAACAAGAAUAUAGUAAUACAUUGUGAGUUUAGUAGCAAUUGAACCCAAAGUUAAUUGUGAUACUUCCAUUUUUAACUUAUUUUCAUUAUAUUAUAAAAAGGUUGUGAGAAUAAUUAAGAUUCGAAGUUGUGGAUUAAAGAGAUCACUAAACAAUAUCUUAAUUAAUAGAAACUUUUUAAAAUGCAAUUAUCCAAGGGCAUUAUAUAAAAUGACUAGUCACUGCGAAAUACUUUAAUAUAAUUGACUGCUACACAGACUUUCACAUACUGUAGAUCUUCAGAUGUUAUACCAACGAAGUGCCACCAAAAAUGAAAUUAGAUUGACUUUACGAGUGAGAGUAACCGAAAUACAUAUCUCCGCAUAUAUUCAAUAUAUCUUUAAUAUUAAAAGGCAAAAUGGAAUACUGUAUUAAACCUUCUCAUAUUCGGCGACGCAGAUUUCUUAUUAUUGGGAUUCACAUUGCAAUAAACGAUAUACGGAAAUACACUUCUAGAGAGAAAUUUCAAUGUAGAUGUUUUGAAAAUAUUAAAUCAUAUUUAUAUGUGGUAAAAAGAUAGUCAAUCUUAGUUAGUAACAAAAAAGGUAUUCCUAUUAGAUUCUGUAAUAGACGCUUAAAUUUAAAUAAAUUUGUAAAUAUUUAAAAACUCUGAUGUUUGGAUAUUAGAUAUUUUAUGAAAUGACUAAAUCAAUUGUAUAAAAGAAUCACUUGUUUUUUUAAUGUUAAGAGCUUAGAUUUAGUUUAUUUACUCGUGAUAAUUAUGACAACAUUCUGUCUAGUCUAGUCUAAGUUUUCGAAAAAUUAAAAUAAUGUGAUAUUUUUUUAAUUCUUGCAAAACAAAAUAUGUAUAAAAACGAAUUAUUAUUUUUAGCCUUUUAUUUGUGUUCGUGAUUCAAUCACUAAUAUACUAAGUUGGGUAUGUACUUCCUUACAUUAUAUUCGUAGAUGACGCACGUACUAUGCAAACUCUAAUAAAUUAACAAUUUUGUUUUUUAAUUCUUUUUUAAUAAUCAGUAAGUUUACAAACCACUACUUGCAUGGUAGCAUAUUUUCAUACAGUGCAGUUAGAAUAUUAUCAUUAUUCUUUUGGCAGUUCUUACUUUUUACAAAUUCUCGUCUAUUAGUUAAAAAUUGCUUAAGCUUAUAGAAUAUGAAACCUUUUUUUUAAUAUACAGCUUUAAAUUUAUAGCUCAUGCGUCACCUACGAAAUUACUUUUAAUAAAUAAUAAUUUUAUGGACUCCUUCAAAUAUGAGAUCGACACUAAUAGAAUACAUUAGUUUUUUAAUGAAUUUAAUUAUGACUGUUUUCUAACCUAUAUCUUUUAAAUAUUAAUCAUCUAAAAUUUAUUGGUUGGCUAGCUAGAUUAUUCACAUUUGGAAUAAUAUAAGAGCAGAAAAUUACAUUUCGUCAAUUUUUUUUUCAUUAAAGGAAGAAUCUUACUAGACCGAUUUAAAUUAAGACUAGAUUUUUCAUUUAAAAUACUUAAUAAUCGUCAUAUUGUACACAAAGAAAACAAAUUUGUUAAAAGAUCUGCCGUUUUAGAGGUCGUCAAACGGUAGAAUGUGUGAUAUGAGUCAUAAUAUAUGCACCUGACUAAAUACAGGUUAUUUAAAAAAAAAAUAAUUAAAACAAUUUUUUUUUUGUGGUAAGUGAGCCUCGAAUGAGUAGUAUUAGGUCGUGUGCAAAAGGUGUAGUCAAUCAAUUGUCUUAUAACACGAAAAAUAACAUUCAGUAGUUAUCGAUAG